UCUUUUUCUCUCUGUUUUCUCACCAAGCAAACAGACAAAAUCCAAUACAUAAUCUAUCCACCUUUAAAAAUAAAUUAAAAUCAAAGAAUUUCUUUUUCGUUUCUGUCAUCCCCCAAAUGUUAUACGCGUCUCCUCUACAAAUACCCAUUAUUUCCCUCUCUGCCGCUUCUCUGUAUAUUUAUUUUCCGUUUGAUAGAAAAAGAUAGGAACUUUCAAGUCUAUCCUUAUUUUUGAUUUCUGAGUUUUCAAUUAUUCAAAGUUUCAUUUUAAUGGGUGCUAAUUUUUCUUCAAUAUUUGUUGACCCGAAUUCACUAUCCGUACAAUCAUCUUCUUGCCAAAAUAACCCGUCUCUUGGCGAUUUACCAGAGGGAUGUGUUGCUUUGAUUAUUGAUCAUUUAAACCCACAAGAGAUUUGUAAAAUUUCGAGUUUGAAUCGGGCAUUUCGUGGCGCUUCUUGGGCUGAUUUUGUUUGGGAAUCUAAAUUACCCACCAAUUAUCUUUCUCUUUUAGAAAGAAUUUUUGGAGUUGAUUAUGAGAAGUUUCCGAGGAAGUUGAACAAGAGAGAGAUUUUUACCAUUUUGUCCAGAGCUAAUACCUUUGACGGUGGCGCCAAGAAAGUGUGGCUCGAUAAGCUUACUGGUGGUGUCUGCUUAUCUGUGUGUUCGAAGGGCUUGGCGAUAACGGGGAUAGAUGAUAGAAGAUAUUGGAAUCACAUCCCAACUGAGGAAUCUAGAUUUCAGUCUAUAGCAUAUCUUCAGCAAAUCUGGUGGCUUGAGGUGGAUGGGCAGUUUGAGUUUCCAUUUCCAGCUGGAACUUACAGCUUAUUUUUCAGGCUGCAAUUAGGGAGAGCUGCAAAGAAGUUUGGUCGCCGUGUUUGUAACACCGAGCAUGUCCAUGGUUGGGAUAUAAAACCUGUGCGGUUUCAGCUAUGGACUUCAGACGGUCAGUAUGCCUCUUCUCAGUGUUUUUUGAAUGAUACUGGGAACUGGGAUCUCUAUCAUGUUGGUGACUUUGUUGUCGACCCCUCUAAUACAUCUAUGAACCUUAAAUUCUCGAUGACUCAAAUCGACUGCACGCACACAAAAGGUGGUCUUUGUUUGGAUAAUGUUGUAGUAUACCCAUGUACAUUUAAAGAAAGGUUUAAGCAUUUUUGAUCUGCAUAUAACCUUUGUAGACAGGAUAUAUUCUACAAUGUAGGUAUAGACUUAGGGCAUUUUCUAAAGAAAGGAGUAUUAAGCCGUAGUUUUACGUUUAUAGGCGUUUGUAUGACCGGUUUGUUUUCUAGGCGAUGCUCGAGUUGCCAAUUUUUUGUUCGUUGGCGAGUGUCUUAUUUCUUUUUUUCCCCCUCUUCUUGAAGAGCACUUCUUGUACAUAAAUUUCAGCAAGUGACUGAUAUUAUUUUUGUAAUUGUGAAAUAGCCUUAGGGCAGUAAUAGUGAGGUUUGUUCAUUGUUGGUUUGGUUAA